AAUUACGCCAGCUUAGCGAAAUGAAGUAAUUGAAAGCGCCACCGAAAACGCCACCUACCCACGCCGAAAAUACGUGGAAUCGUAUGCGUGCCGCAGUCGCAAUCCUCCAGGGGCUCUCCACCAUCCAAAGAGGAGCUCCCAGGACAGCCGCACCUCGCCGCACGGCGUAUAUAAAAGCCGGAGUCUUGCGUGCGCAGCGCUGACUUAGUCAACGUACCUCUAGCACGCCGGACCGGAUGUCGACGGACAGCACACAGCCCCAUACGCCCAGUCACGAGGUGGCGGUCCGUCCACUGCCCUCGGCCGCCAACCAGUGGAAGCGGGCCGCUCUGAUGGCCCGCAUGGCGCCGGCAUUCCGCGAAACCGUAUCCGACGACAGCGAGGACGAGGUGGACACCAAAAAGCAGAUCAAGUACGGCAGCGGCUUCCAGGCGGCCAAGGCCAUCAUUCACGAGUAUUGCGACUACACGACUAUCCAUGGCAUCCGGUAUCUGGGCGAGAAGAAGCGACCCUGGCUGGAGAGACUAUUCUGGAUCAGUGUCCUCGUCCUGUCGGUCUUCACCUGCGUCAAGCUGACCCUCAAUAUCUGGGACAAGUGGAACAACAAUCCGGUGAUUGUCAGUUUCGCCGAGAAGUCCACGCCCGUGUGGCAGAUCCCUUUUCCCUCCGUCACCGUUUGUCCGGAGACUAAGACUCGCCGUGGGAUAUUCAACUUCACGGAUUCGUAUCACCAGCUCCGCGAUUUCGGGAAUAAUGUCAGUGGCAUAUUGGAACUGACCGAUAAGCAAAAGGGAUUAUAUGGCGCUGUGGCACAGGUUUGUGAGCCACACUUGCAUGAUGUUAACAUAGGAAACAAAACCAGAAGGGGAAUGGAGAUCAUCGAUGCCCUGACGGAGGUAUCUCCUCAUUUCGAUGACACCUAUCUCAAUUGCAAGUGGCGAAAUUCCCCGAUCAAAUGCAAUGAAAUUUUCCACAAAUUUGUGACUGAAGAUGGUGUUUGCUACAGUUUCAACUCACUUAGUCCAGCGGAGAUCUUUCGAGCUGAAGGCAUAAUACCAGACUUUAUAUUCCGCGAGGAGAACCGUCUAUCCAUGGACUGGAAUGUGGAGGACGGCUAUAGCGCCAGUGCUGAUACAUCACCAUAUCCCAAUCGAGUUUUGGGUCCCGGAUCUCGAGCUGGUCUUUAUCUAUUUAUGGGUGGUGCGGAGAUCGAUUUCGAUGACUUGUGCCGUGGUCCCGUUCAGGGUUUCAAGAUUUUGUUACACACUCCUGGAGAUGUGGCCCAAGUGUCCAAGCAGUAUUUCCGCAUACCCUUUGACCAGGAAGUGCUCAUUUCCAUACGUCCCAAGAUCAUCACCACUUCGGAUGGUCUAAAGCACUAUGAACCCAAUCGGCGGCAGUGUUAUUUUCAGAAGGAACGAGAACUGCGCUACUUUAACAUCUAUUCGCAGAGUAAUUGCGAACUGGAGUGCCUGGCUAAUUUCACUUUGAGCAAGUGCGGCUGCGUCAAGUUCUCUAUGCCACGCAAUGUCAAUAUGCCUGUUUGUGGUGAUGCCAGCUUGAAGUGCUAUAACCAAGCGGAAGACGAGCUGCUACUCAGGGAAUUUACCCAGGGAUUGGAAAAUUCAGGGGAAAACUCUCGGGGUGAAACGGAGUGCAAUUGUCUACCAUCAUGCACAUCUAUCGCCUACGAGGCUGAAAUCUCCCAAGCUGAUUUUGACUACAAAACAGUGAUUAAUCGAGAUACGCCGGAGGGCAAAGAGGAGCAUGCUAAGAGACAAGGAAUGAAGAUGUCCCGAGUAUCGAUCUUCUUCAAGGAGGCCCAGUUCUUGACUUCUCGGCGCUCCGAGCUUUACGGUACCACCGACUUCCUUGCCAAUUGUGGUGGCUUACUUGGUCUCUUCAUGGGUGUCUCCAUGUUGAGCAUAGUUGAGCUGAUAUACUUCUGCACAGUGCGGCUCAUUUCCAAUCUGAGGAUGCGCCGCAAGACGCGCAAGGAGCUGCUGAAGGCGGUCAACAAGGAUGCCUAAUCGGAGGACCUCCUGCACAACCCAUUAAUAACACAGAGUGCUGCACUGGGGGUCAAAGUCGAGCUGACUCUGCUGCUCCGUGUUUGUGUUGCGUUAAAUGUUAAAUCUGCAAACAAUGAAAAUAAAGUUGUACUCAGCACUAGACGGCAGUCUAAAUGCAGUCCUCUGUCUGUCUGUUCCGAUACGACCCGCA